GGUUUGGAACUAGCAUUAACCAAACGUACCACUGACCUCUCUCAUCUGAACCCCCUCUCCUCGAUCAAUUCCGUUUUUCUGUUACUCAAAUGAGUCAAACCACUCUCAGCUCCCAACUUCUUCACCACCAACAACAAUGGUUGCAGAUCCCUCCUCAACCUUCCCUCUCCUCACUUUCCCUUCUCAAAAACCUCUCCUACAGCUACAUCCCUCCCAAUUCUCUUCUUCUUUUCCCACGAAAAUAUCACUCAUCCUCAGAGGGACGUUGUUUAGGGUUUCGGAUCCCAAUCGAUGACUCGGUUUCUCGGCUUCGGAACUCAAGAUUACUACUAGUCAGUAGAUGUGUAUCGGAAAAGUUCUCGGAUUCAUUCGAGUCUGAUCAGUUUUCGAAUCCUGUUCUUCCCUAUCCAACUCAGAUUCAUAAGCAAAAGGAGGCUUCUUUUGUGAAGAUUUUGAAAGGAGCAAAUUCAAUUCUACCUCAAGUAGUUAUUGCUAGUACAGUUUUGGCCCUUCUCUAUCCACCUUCGUUCACAUGGUUUACUAGCAGAUACUAUGCUCCAGCGCUAGGGUUUUUGAUGUUUGCAGUUGGGGUUAAUUCAAGUGAAAAAGACUUUCUUGAAGCAUUCAAGAGGCCAGCAGCAAUAUUGGCUGGUUAUAUUGGCCAGUUUGUGGUGAAGCCUCUCCUUGGAUAUGUUUUUGGCACAGUUUCAAUUACAAUAUUUGGUCUUCCAACUUCUUUAGGUGCUGGGAUCAUGUUGACUUCUUGCGUUAGUGGGGCUCAGCUCUCAAAUUAUGCUACCUUCCUGACUGACCCAUCAAUGGCCCCUCUAAGCAUUGUGAUGACAUCAUUGUCCACUGCUAGUGCAGUUCUUGUCACCCCAAUCUUGUCACUCUUGCUUAUUGGAAAAAGAUUACCUGUUGAUGUAAAAGGAAUGGUGUCCAGUAUUCUGCAGAUUGUAGUUGCACCUAUUGCUUCUGGAUUGCUUCUUAAUAGGUUCUUUCCUCGGAUUUGUAAUGCUAUUCGGCCAUUUUUGCCUCCACUGUCAGUAUUUGUGACUGCUCUCUGCGUUGGAGCACCACUCGCUAUUAACAUAGAUUCUGUUUUGUCCCCUUUUGGAGCAUCUGUUCUGUUCCUCGUCAUUGCAUUUCAUUUGUCAGCUUUUAUUGCCGGUUAUUCCCUUACAGACCUUGUCUUCCAUGAUGCACCUGAUGCGAAAGCACUGCAAAGAACACUAUCCUAUGAGACAGGAAUGCAGAGCAGUCUUCUUGCCCUUGCACUUGCAAAUAGGUUUUUUCAAGAUCCACUUGUGGGUGUCCCUCCUGCAAUCUCUGUUGUAAUCAUGUCAUUAAUGGGCUUCUCUCUUGUCAUGCUGUGGGCUAAGAAAAAGAACUAACAGUGGUGCUUUUUGCCAUUAAUUCCUAAGAAAUAUGUUGUAUGUCAUCCUCCAUCCAAGGAUGCAUAGGUCUUGCAACAAACUUUCACGGUGCACUCUAAGAUUGAAGCCAUUAAGGAGAUGUUAUGAAGUGUCAUUGUUAGAUAUCUGUCCUAAUGUGUUCGAUGGGCAGUUAUUACAGGGCUAUUUUAUUGACCUGGAAAGGAAGUAUUUGAGAACAAGUAUCAAAAACAAAAUAUUGCAUUAUUGGCUUUUAGAUGUGAAAAUGCGUUGUUAUUCUCA